AUGGCAUCAAUCAAGAAAGCCCAGCCUUUCAAAAAGGCCCUCUAUUUUUCAGAAGCCGAGUUCAAAGAGCGUCAACAGCGAGCUCUAGACCUCAUGGAGCGAGAGAAUCUCGAUGGAUUUCUCAUGACAAAACAAGAGUCUCUCUAUUACUUGACCGGCUUCGAUACCUUCGGCUAUGUCUUUUUCCAAGCCAUGUACUUCCACAAGGAUGGCUCCAUGCGAUUGAUCACUCGAAUUCCGGACUUGCGCCAAGCCCUCUACACUUCCAUUCUGGAACAGAAGGAUAUCCUUAUUCGAUCCGACGACGCUGGCAGCAACCCUGUGUCCUUGGUACCCGUGGUCCUGAAACAAUUUGGAAUCAACUCGUCAUCCAAGCGAAUUGGUUACGAACCUGACUCGUGUUCCUUGACACAUCGUCUCGGAAAGGCACUGGAAGAAGCUGUGGAGGGUCUUUGCACACUAGUCGAUCACAGCGAUCUGUUUACGCGGGAGCUUCGAAUUCUCAAGUCGGAAGCUGAAAUGCGCAAGGUUCGAAAGGCUGCUUAUCUAGCCGACUUUGCCCUAAUCCGUACCCUCAAGCUGGCCAAGCCUGGAGCCUACGAAGGCGACCUGUGGCGGGAGAUUGUCGGCACGGUCUACGAGGGCGGUGGUGACGAUCCCGCCAACGAGAAUAUUCUUGUCUCGGGCAACAAGGCCGUCCUCACCCGGUACUCGACCGGAAAGGAUAAGAUUGAUCGACAACUCACCCUCGAGCAUGCUGCAGCUUACAAGCACUACCAUGCAUGUCUAAUGCGUACGAUCCCCAUUGGGGGUAUCACCAAGCUAGCCCGAGAAAUGCACCGAGUCAACAUCCUUCAAAUGGAGGCAGCCAUGGCAGCCCUGAAACCAGGUCGAGAAAUCGGCGACGUGUUCGAGGCUUACGCCCGCGUUGCAGACGAGAAUGGCUUCCGAGACCAACGCUUCAACAGUUGUGGCUACAGCUUAGGUGCAACCUUCUCGCCUACCUGGAUGGAUUUCCCUAUGUUUGUGCGGGGCCAGAAUGUCGUCGCGCGGCAGGGCAUGGUGUUUUUCAUCCAUAUUAUCCUGAUGGAUAAAGCCACUGAUACUGCUAGCUCGAUUGGUCAGACUGUGGAAGUCACUCGGGAUGGGUGUGUUGCGUUGUCCAAGCUUCCUUUCUGUCUUACCCGGAGACAAACUAUUGCUGCUUGGAAGAAGAUCAGAAAGGAGGAUUAUGGGUUCAGUACUGAGGAGGUUGAUGAUGGGGAGAAUCUGCGGGAUGUUGAGCUUAGUGAUGGGGAUGUCGAUGAGGAGGACUUUGAUGUUGAAUACGAUUUCAGUGACUAUAAGCCCGCGGCUGCACUGGGCGACCCCACACAGAGUGCUUAA